CAAGGUGACAUUCAAAUCCUAUCAGCUGCUGCUCGUCGCGAUUUAUCUGAUUGCUUCCUGGCUUUCUUCUACCAAAACUUCUGCAGUAGCAUUUUCUCGCGUUCUCGUUUAGUUCUGGAAAAGGCGCAUCUUCUUUAUCUUCAAAAAUGGCUCCUGCUACUGCUAGUAAUGAACCAAUCCGUGUUUUGAUCACUGGUGCCGCGGGCCAGAUCGCGUACUCCCUGAUUCCUCUAAUCGCCAAGGGAGAAGUUUUUGGGCAAAAACAGGAAAUCAUCUUACACCUUUUGGAUAUUCAGCCGAUGCUCGGGGUUUUGAAUGGAGUGGCUAUGGAGAUAUCGGAUUGCGCUUUUCCUCUGCUACGAGACGUGGUUGCUACUGCGGAUGUUGCUGCUGCCUUUAAAGGCAUCAGCUACGCUUUCCUUGUCGGUGCAAUGCCUCGACGCGAGGGUAUGGAGCGAAAAGACCUUCUCAAAGCCAAUGUUCGCAUUUUCAAAGAUCAGGGAGGUGCGCUGGACCAGUUUGCGAAAAAGGACGUCAAGGUGCUUGUGGUCGGCAAUCCAGCCAAUACGAACGCUCUGAUUUGCAGCAAAUACGCACCGUCGAUUCCGAAGGAAAACAUCACUGCUAUGACACGACUAGAUCAAAAUCGCGCUACUGCUCAGGUUGCUCAACACGUUCAAGCUCGCAUUCAGGACGUGCGAAAAGUGAUUAUUUGGGGGAAUCAUUCAAACACUCAGUUUCCGGAUGCCAGGUUCGUUGAAGUUCAAAAGGACGGUAGCUGGACUUCCAUCAGCAAGGUGCAGCAUGAUGAAAAAUGGUUGAAAGAAAGUUUGAUUCCCCUCGUUCAGAAGCGUGGAGCCGAAGUUAUCGCUGCCCGUAAAUUGUCGUCAGCUAUGUCUGCUGCGCAAGCAGCUGCUGAUCACAUGCGAAAUUGGUUUAACGGCACCGAGAAAGACCAGUGGGUCAACAUGGCGGUGGUGUCAAAAGGAGAGUACGGAAUUCCAGAAGGCUUGGUGUUUAGCUUUCCUGUAACCGUGGAAAACGGGCAGUGGAAAAUUGUGCCUAACCUAGCCAUCGAUGAUUUUUCAAAGGAAAAAUUGAAGAUCACUACGACGGAGUUAGAGGAAGAGCGUACUGAGGCACAUGCCGCUUGCGAAUAAAACAUUUUAUUGAAAUUUCUUUAUGUGGUGGCGGUCUAAAAUAAUAUUUUGUGGAUGGAUUGGCUGGACAAAUUUCAGCUAAACGUUUUGAUGCUUCUUCCAUGGUAUGUUGCCGGUGCUGUUAAUUUGCCGUUGAUAAAUUAUGUUUUAGUGUUAAUAAAUUUGUUUCGUGUUUCAAAUUAAAUUGGAUCACCUG